AUGGAGAGUAGAAAACUGAUUUCUGCAACUGACAUUCAAUACUCUGGCAGUCUACUGAACUCCUUGAACGAGCAACGUGGCCAUGGACUCUUUUGUGAUGUUACCGUUAUUGUGGAAGACCGAAAAUUCCGGGCCCACAGGAAUAUUCUUUCAGCUUCAAGUACAUACUUUCAUCAGCUCUUCUCAGUUGCUGGGCAAGUUGUUGAACUGAGCUUUAUAAGAGCAGAGAUUUUUGCAGAAAUUCUCAAUUAUAUUUAUAGUUCUAAAAUUGUCCGUGUUAGAGCAGAUUUACUUGAUGAGUUAAUUAAAUCAGGGCAGUUAUUAGGAGUGAAAUUUAUAGCAGAGCUUGGUGUCCCACUAUCACAGGUUAAAAGCAUCUCAAGUACCCCUCAAGAUGGUAAUGCUGAAACCUUACCUCCUGGUUCUAGUGACAAAAACCUUGAAAUACAAAAAUCGAAAGAUGAAGCCCAGGAUAAUGGAGCUACUAUAAUGCCAAUUAUAACAGAGUCUUUUUCAUUAUCUGCUGAAGAUUAUGAAAUGAAAAAGAUCAUUGUAACUGAUUCAGAUGAUGAUGAUGAUGAUGUCAUUUUCUGCUCUGAGAUUUUGCCUGCAAAGGAGGCUUUGCCGAGUAACAGUGCAGUGACACAGGUCCAGCCUAACCCAGGUCCUGUUGCUAUUUCAGAUGUUACACCCUGUGCUAGCAAUAACUCUCCCCCUUUAACAAAUAUCACACCUACUCCGAAACUUCCCCCUCCUGUGAAUCAGGCAACUUUGAGCCAGACACAGGGAAGUGAAACAUUGCUGGUAUCUUCGGCUCCAACACAUCUGACUCCUAACAUUAUUUUGUUAAAUCAGGCACCACUUACUACCCCACCAAAUGUCAGUUCUUCAGUUCCAAACCAUAUGUCCUCUUCAAUCAAUUUACUUGUGCAGAAUGAGCAAACAUCAAACAGUGUUGUUUUAACAGGAAACAAAGCCAAUGAAGAGGAAGAAGAGGAAAUUAUAGAUGACGAUGAUGAUGACACUAUCAGCUCCAGUCCAGAUUCAGCAGUCAGUAAUACAUCUUUGGUCCCACAGGCUGAUACCUCCCAAAAUCCCACUUUUGAUGGAUCACUAAUACAGAAGAUGCAGAUUCCUACACUUCUCCAAGAACCACUUUCCAAUUCUUUAAAAAUUUCAGAUAUAAUUACUAGAAACACUAAUGAUACAGGCUUAGGAGCAAAACAUCUAAUGGAGGGCCAGAAGAUCAUUACUUUAGAUACAGCUACUGAAAUUGAAGGCUUGUCAACUGGUUGCAAGGUUUAUGCAAAUAUCGGUGAAGAUACUUAUGACAUAGUGAUCCCUGUCAAAGAUGACCCCGAUGAAGGGGAAGCCAGACUUGAGAAUGAGAUACCAAAAACUUCUGGUAGUGAGUCAACAGGCAAACGUAUGAAAGUGAAACAUGAUGAUCAUUAUGAGUUAAUAGUAGAUGGAAGGGUCUAUUAUAUCUGCAUUGUAUGCAAAAGGUCCUACGUCUGUCUGACAAGCUUACGGAGACAUUUUAACAUUCAUUCUUGGGAGAAGAAGUAUCCAUGCCGUUACUGUGAGAAAGUAUUUCCUCUUGCAGAAUAUCGCACGAAGCAUGAAAUUCAUCACACAGGGGAGCGAAGGUAUCAGUGUUUGGCAUGUGGCAAGUCUUUCAUCAACUAUCAGUUUAUGUCUUCACACAUAAAGUCAGUUCAUAGUCAAGAUCCUUCUGGUGACUCAAAGCUUUAUCGUUUACAUCCAUGUAAGUCUUUACAGAUCAGACAAUAUGCCUACCUUUCUGAUAGGUCAAGCACUAUGCCUGGAAUGAAAGAUGGCAGUAUUGGUUAUAAGGUUGAUGCUGGAAAAGAACCUCCAGUGGGGACUGCAUCUACGCCUCAGAACAAGCCAGUGACCUGGGAAGACAUUUUUAUUCAGCAGGAAAAUGAUUCAAUUUUUAAACAGAAUGUAACAGAUGGCAGUACUGAGUUUGAAUUUAUAAUACCAGAAUCUUACUGAACUCCUUUGAAAUAUCAGAAAGUUUUGGUUUGGAUUAAUGGGCAGGGAUUUUAGAAGACCUGUAAAACCAAUUAAAGUGAAACAAGUCAAUUUGAUCUGCCACAUCUGAAGGUAGCCUAAUUGAUUAUAUGUUAAUAUUUAGAAGCAAAUUUUUGUGAAAGUUUGAGUAGAGGUUGAGAAUCCCCCCUCCAAGUAUAUGUUUAUAUAGUUAGCUUUCAGCUCAUUUAAAAGAGACAAAAGUGAAAACCUUGGAGAGUUAGUUUUCUGAAUAGAAUUUAAAGCAGUCUGAAUGUUCUUUGAAAAUAACUGGAGUUACUAGCAUACCCUAACACAUCUUAAAACUUUUUCCCUUCCAUGUUAGCACUUUACUGCUGAUUUUUCAGUUUUCUUAAUAUUGAGACUAUAAAUGUGUGUUGUGUCUUGUAUAUGGCAUAAAAAGUAAAGAAGAAUGUCUAAAAUUGUUCUAGGAAAUUUCAGAAUAAAUCUCCACUUGGUUAUUUAUUCUGCUAGUCCAAAUGGAUAGUAACCUCCUGCCUCCCUAACCUAAUGAAAAUAGCCAUGCAGACAAGUCUUUCAUAUGAAGAAUGAAUUAGUUUUAACGCUAGUUUGAAUUAGUCCUUGCUCAUAUUGCCAAAGUCUAAAAGACUGGUCACUUUGCAGUGUGAUCUCUGUGGGCAAAAAACUAUUAGAAAAAUAAGUCUGUAAUGCAGACAGGAGGAGAUGAAAGGUUUUGUCAGACUUAUUUUUCUCUGCUCUUUCAUAAUAGAGACAGAAUGGAAUCAAGUGGAGAUUUUCUUUUUGUUCAUAUUUAAAAAUACUCCCAUAAAAUGUUGCAAACUUUUCAAUCUGAAAGCUACCAAAUGAAUUUUUGUGCAUAAUCUAAUUAUGUAUAAAUCUCUGUAAAUGAUAGUCUAUAGAUGACUCCUGUGUAUUUUGGGCAGGAGGCUACAGGCAUAUUUUUAAAUGUUCAUAUUAGCCUCCAGUUGGAAGUUUUCAUUUGAAAUAGUUGAAAUGGUGAUCUAGUAUUUUCAGCAAGGUAUUAUCCCUUCUAACAUAAAUUACAUUUUAUCUGUAAAUCAUUACAAUAUUAACAGCAGUUGGUAACUACAUAUGGAGUAUUAUAUAGGCUUGUCAAUUCCCACUUAUUGUGACAAUAAAUGUCACCUUUCUUCCUUUUAGAAUGACACAUAUUUAAACACUUAGAAAAUAAAGUUAAAACUUAUUCAAAUGCUAGUACUAAAAGAAAGCAGGUUGGAACAAAUAUAUAGCAUAGCAUCUAAAGCAAAAUUAACUUGAACUCCUGUAAAUGAUUUUUUGCAAAGGAAAAAAAUUAUUAGGUACUGAAAGAUUGUUGUGCAUAGUUAUUAGUCAUUCAUAACAUUGCUUAAGUAUUUCUUAGUUCAACAUAGAUAUUUCCUUCCUCACCACAUAUUUUUUAAAGUCUUAAUUCUUGACUGUGAUUUGAAGCUUUAAUCAUAGUUUUUCAUGUUUUAUGUCAUUCUUCAGAUGGUAAGCAAGAUUUUAAGAUGAUAACAGUGUUUUUUAAAUUGGGAGCAGAGAGGAUUAGACGUCAGUAUUUGCAAUAAUACAAAGAAAAAGAAAAGUAAUAUCCUUUGCUUACCAAGGGGUCAAGUUUAUGUGCAUUUAUUGUUUUCUAUUCUGGGAAUCUAAACUAGCCGUUAGAAGAUUUGAAAUUACCUUAUAACUUAAGGAUCCGAUCUUUGGAAUCACAAUAUCUUGUCCCUUUCUGUGUAGAUAUUUUUUUUCCAGUACCAGAGAUCAAACUCAGGACCUUGCGCUUGCCACUGAGGCAAGGUGCGGUAACACUGAGCUACCUCCCAGGCUCUGUGUAGAUAUUGAUAACAUUUCUUUGACUGUGGGGUGCACUCUGACAUACUCUCAGUGGAAAUUUGAAUUUCAUUAAUGCUAUUUCACCAGUUAGACAUAAUUGCUUCUACCAAUGUGAGUGAUAGAUACCCUUGCCAGCAGAGCUUCCAGACCUUUCAGGCUCAAUUGCUAGAUUAAUUGAAUUUGUCAUAAUAAAACUCAGUAGUUUCUACAAGUCUAUUAUGACAAAUCAAGAAUUAAUUCUAUAAUGGAAAACUAUCCAUUCUAAGUAAUAUUGAUAUAAUUAUUUGCUGCUGCUGUGCUGUGUAAAUUCUGAAUAUGAAGUGUUAAACUGUGCCUACUAAAACUAUCUUCUGGAGUUUCUGGGGAUGAGGAAACCUGGAAAGUUAAAUUGCAAUUUGCCAGAAGAUGCUUACAUAUGUCUCAAGGUCUUCAAUUUUUUUUAUCUUGAUUACUGGGGAUCCAACCCAGGGGUGCUCUACUAUGUUCCCAGCCCUUUUUAAUUUGAGCAGGUCUUGCUUAAUUGCUCAGGUGGAAGUUGAACUUGCAUCCUCCUAUCUCAGACUCCCUCAGUGCUGGGAUUACAAGCAUAUGCCAACAGGCUUGGCUAAGUCUUUGUUUCUCUAGAAGUUUUCAUACACAAAGUUUGGAGUUCAUGUGGAAUAUACCUUUGGGAUAAAACUCUUCAUUCCCCAUUUCUACUGGAUUGAAAAUUUGUAGCAAGAUGCAGUUUAAAACUUCGCAUGGUGCUUUUUCUAUUUUAUAUUAAACUUUCCAGAUAUUGAACUUCCUUUUUUCUUUCAGGUCGGCUUCAUAUUUGCUCUAAUGCUAAAGUACCCAUAGAUAUGCUACAUAGGAACUAUUUGAAAUAGUAAUUUGUUUCAAAAAAUAACAAAAAUACUCAAACUAGGCAAAGAUUUUUAAAUGCUACAGCAAUCUUGCAAGAUUUUAAAAACUAUUUUCAAUUUAGUGGUAAUGGUUCCCCCACAUAUACCCACCAUGAGGAAAUGUCACAUUUUUCCAUUGUACCAAAAA